AUGGGGGAGCCGCGGGGCGCGGCACUGAGGGCGGCGGCGGCCGCUCUGCUCGGGGCCGGCGCCUGCUACUGCCUGUGGCGGCUCACGGCGGGCGGGCGGCGGCGAGCGGGGGCCUCCCGGGGGCCGCGGGCAGACAGCAGUCCUCCAGUGUCAACCCACGGCAUGGAUGCGGACGCUCUACAGAAACUGAUUCAUUUGCUUCAGGCCACAGAUGAUCCAUUAAUUCAAGAGCAAGCUUUAAUUACUCUCAGCAACAGUGCUGCCUUCUCUGUAAAUCAAGAUAUAAUCCGAAGUUUGGAUGGCCUUUCUGUUAUUGGAGGGAUGCUCUCCGAUUGCGUUCCCAAAGUUAAAGAAAAAGCACUAAAUGCACUUAAUAAUUUGAGUAUGAAUAUUAGAAAUCAGGAAAAGAUACAGGUAUAUAUCACACAAGUUUGUAGGAUCGUUGAGUCAGCUCCCCUCAACUCUGAUGUGCAGCUUGCUGGACUCAGACUGCUGACAAAUAUGUCUGUUACCAAUGACUACCACCAAAAGAUGAUAAACUCAAUUCCAUGCUUUCUUCAUUUGCUUUCAGAAGGAACUGAAAGGACACAGAUUCAGGUUUUGAAAGUACUUGUGAACUUAUCUGCGAACCCAGCCAUAACAAGACAUCUUCUCAGAGCUCAAGUGCCAUCAUUGCUGUUACUUUUUGACAACUGUAUAAACAGAGAUAUUCUGCUCAGAGCCCUGGCAUUUGCCGCAAACUUGAAAAAGAACGUGAACAAUGAAGCUGGCACCAUAACUGAGGACCAAUACAGUGAAGACUCAAUUUUCUUUACACUUUGCAGGGACUCUGCCCCAUUUGCUCAGAAACUGGCAUUUUUGCUGCAUCACUCCGAUCCAGAAGUGAAAGAACAAGUUGUGAGAAUAUUAACACAGUAGUGUUGUUUUCUAAAAACAGACUGACCUGAUGAAAAUAUUUAAUCUUGGGAAUGCUAUGCUAAAAAAACCUGCAACAAGCAAACAAUAAAACAACGACAAAUAAACCCUGAAUACUACCAUAUUACUAGGCACAAAGAACAUUUAAUAUGGAGAGCACAACAGAUUUUUUUUUUUUUACAAGCAGCAAUAGCUUAAUUAACUGCAGUGCAGUUAACUACAACUGUGCAAAGUUUCUACACUUGAACAAAAAUUGAAAGGAUUUUAUUUUGCUUUAAAGUUAUCACUUUAAGGAAAGCAGGCAUAUUUUAAAAAAUAUUUUAUUAGGAGUCAAAGAUUAUCUGCAACUGGAAUUCAGUAUUCUCAUCUUUAUAAAAAAGUCUACAGAGCAGUAUUAUACACAUUUUUACAAAAGCUUCCUGUUCUGUAGCAGCCCUUGAGCCUGCUUUCCUUGGGGAGAGUAAAGGAGAACUUCACUCCUUUUUUCUGCAACUGGAACAUCAUUGGGAUAAGUGCUUCUACUGAACUAGCCUCCAUAAAGUAUAAGUCAUCAAUCGAGCAUUAAAUCAAAAUGAAGUGGAAUACAUACAAACAUCACUGUAAAAAAACCUGAACAGAGUUUCACUGAUGAACAGAAAACUGGAAAAGACUUCUAAAACCAGACUACUAAAAAACUUCCUAACACUUGCAUUAUAGAGAAAGUAAAAAAAACCAUCAGAUAUAAGGGCUUGGAAACAUGUUUUCCACUUUGUACCAUUUUUAAGAGAACUCUAUCACUAAACUGUUACCAGGUGCUUCAUCUUUCUAACUUAAUAUACCCACUCUGCUCUUAACAAAACACUGCUAUCCUUCUGUAAUGCAA